UCCUCGCGCUCCAGCAUCACUCCCUGACAACAGCGGCGAUGGCGGAGCCCGUAGCAUCGGAUGCAGCGACCAAGACAGACGCAGCAGCAGCGGCAUCAUCACCCACACCGGGCCUCUCUCCCGUAGCCAGCCCGGGCUCUGAGCCUCUUUCCAUGGCUCUCUCCCCCACCGCGGACGGCUCACAGCGGCUUCUCUUCUCCCACGACCUGGUCUCCGGACGAUAUCGCGGCUCAGUCCGGUUUGGCCUCGUACGGAUGAUCCACGGCGAGGAGGAUUUUAACUCGGACUCGGACCUCGACGAUGGCGGAGGGAGAGGCGGAGACGGCGGCGGCGGUGGAGGAGGAGGCGGACGAGUACCGUGCGGUUCGGACACUGAGAGCGCCGUGGACACCCCAAGUCGGCCUCUCGGGAGGGGAUUUGUCCGCGUCCAGUGGUACCCCGAAGGUGCAAAGCAGGACAUCAGGGAGACAAAGUUAAAACUUGAAGAUCGAUCGAUCGUCAUCAGAGACAUCGUGCGAAGAAACAACUCUAAUGAUAACCAGUGUGGCAUCGUGACCAACAUCGACAUCGAGUGUGCAGUGAAAUUAGUAGGAACCAACUGCGUUCUGUAUCCAGUCAACAGCAAAGACCUGCAGCACAUCUGGUCUUUCAUGUACGGCGACUACAUCGCCUAUGACUUCUGGCUGGGGAAAGUGUACGACCUGACCAAUCACAUCAUCCUCAAGCUGUCCAACGGAGCCAGGUGCUCCAUGAGCGUGGAAGACGGUGCCAAGCUUUAUGAUGUCUGUCCACAUGUCAGUGAUUCGGGUCUGUUCUUUGAUGAGGCGUACGGCUUUUACCCAGGACAGGUCCUGAUUGGUCCCGCCAAAGUUUUCUCCAAUGUCCAGUGGCUGUCAGGGGUGAAACCUGUGCUCAGCAGGAAGUGCAAGUUCAGGGUGGUGGUAGAAGAGGUGAAGGUGGUGGAGCUGAAAGUGACGUGGAUCACCAAGAGCUACUCACCCAAAGGUUCUGACAGCGUUUAUCCACCUGCCUCCACCAUCACACAGGAAAACCUCUGCAGGGUGAGGCGUUUGGGCUACUACGACCACACCCAGAGGCAGCUGGGAGAGAGGGCCCUCUACGUGUUCCCAGCCAAAGGUGAUGCCACACGCAUCACCUGUGAUGGACCUGAGGGUGCCCCUGUUCUGCCUGAAGACCCCGUUGCCAGAAAGUUGAAAAGGAUGUUCAAGAAGGAUUCUGGGAAGAAGACGGAGAACGCCGACUUACAAGGCGAGCACAGAUCUGAACAGACCGACUCGAAUCAUCCCAACAACAACAACGGCCCCGCGGUUCCCGUUCAGAACGCUCCGGACUCCCAGAACGACGCCUCGGCUGAACACGGCGAGCAGGACGCUGAUGACGAGGCUGCAGAGGACACCGAUGACACCAGCUCUUUAACGUCAUCGGCGAGCUCCACAGCCUCCUCUCAGAGCGGCGGUCUGGGAACCAACCGCAAGAAGAGCAUCCCGCUGUCCAUCCGCAACCUGAAGAGGAAGCACAAGAAGAAGAGGACAAAGUUCUCCCGCGAAUUCAAGCCCGGAGACCGAGUGGCAGUGGAAGUCGUAUCCACGAAGACCACGGCUGAUGUGAUGUGGAAGGACGGCCGGGUGAAGAAGGGAAUCCGAUCGAACGACCUCAUCCCCAUCCAGCACCUGGACAGCCAUGAGUUUUGCCCCGGCGACUUUGUAGUAGACAAACGACCCCAAGCGCUGCAGGACCCCGGGGUGUACGGCGUGAUCCAGUCUGGCGAUCACAAAGGCAGAACGUGUGUGGUGAAGUGGAUCAAACUCAACUCCACCAGUGACGACGUGGAGGUCAUCGGUUUGGAGGAGGAUGUCAGUGUCUACGACAUCGCCGAUCAUCCGGACUUUCACUUCCGCACGACCGACAUUGUCAUCAGAAUAUGGAACUCGGAGAACGGACAAAACGACUGUGAAAAUGAGACAUCAGUCGGUCAGGUGUACAGGGUGGAUGUAAGCAGCAAAGUAGAGGUGGUGUGGGCAGACAACUCGAGGACCAUCGUCCUGCCACAGCACCUCUACAACGUGGAAUCGGAGAUCGAGGAGACGGACUACGACUCGGUCGAAGAAACGAGCAGCGUUCUGUCGACCGAGGAGUGGGAGGACGAGAGCGACAGCUGGGAGACGGACAACGGUCUGACCCCAGAGGACGACAGCCACGUGAACAACGCGGAUGCCACGGAUACUGCGACGCCGACCCCCACGCCCACUGGCUCCACGACGUUCAUCAUCCCACCGCAGGAGGGCAGCAAAGCCGGGGUCACCAGCCCCACCAAAGGAGUCUCAGGAGAGGAGGGCGAAGCGUCUGUGGCGAGUCCUGCUUCUGGAGGAGGAGGAGCUGUGAACGGAGCGGAGAAACCCGGUAAGGAUGGAGCCUCUCGGGGCUUCAGGGAGUUGAAAGAGGCGCUGAAGAUCCUGGAGAGCUUGAAGAACAUGACUGUGGAGCAGCUCUGGACCGGCGGCUCCCCGACCUCUCCGACCUCCAUCGAACCCACCUCCACGACCAACGUGGCGAGUUCGGUGACGCCGACGACCCAAGAAAAACCGACCAAGGAGAAACGCUUCCUAGACGAUAUCAAGAAGCUCCAGGAAAACCUGAGGAAGACGCUGGACAACGUGGCCAUCGUGGAGGAGGAGAAGAUGGAAGCUGUGGUGGAGGCAGUGGGGAGUGCGGGAGCAGGGAUGGAGGCGGGUGUUAAACAAGCAGAGAGAGCCGGAGAUGAAAAGCCCCAGCAGGAGGCGCAGACACCCGUAGGUCAGCAGGAGUGGCCCAGUGAGAUUCUUAGUGACACGCCGGUACUGUGCCAGCAGAGCGGAGGCAAACCUGGCGUGACAUUUACCAGUGCCAAGGGGGAGGUGUUCUCAGUGCUAGAGUGGGCACCAGAAACUCACUCGUUUAAGAAAAUGGAGUUCCAGCCUGCGGAGGCGAAGAAGUUCUUCAGCACGGUGAGGAAGGAAAUGGCUCUGCUAGCGACAUCGCUGCCUGAUGGCAUCAUGGUCAAAACCUUUGAGGACCGCAUGGACCUGUUCUCGGCUCUGAUCAAAGGGCCGACUCGCACGCCCUACGAGGACGGUGUGUUCCUGUUUGACAUCCAGCUGCCUAACAUCUACCCAGCUGUGCCGCCUCUGUUUCGAUACCUGUCCCAGUGCAGCGGCCGCCUCAAUCCCAACCUCUACGACAACGGCAAGGUCUGCGUCAGUCUGCUGGGCACCUGGAUAGGCAAGGGCACUGAGAGAUGGACCAGCAAGUCCAGCCUGCUGCAAGUCCUCAUCUCCAUACAAGGCCUUAUCCUUGUCAAUGAGCCUUACUACAACGAGGCUGGCUUCGACAGUGACCGAGGCCUGCAGGAGGGAUACGAGAACAGUCGCUGCUACAAUGAGAUGGCUCUGAUCAAGAUGGUGCAGUCGAUGACACAACUCCUCCAGAAUCCCAUUGAGGUCUUCAAGCAGGAGAUCCAGGAGCACUUUGUUUGUAACGGCUGGCGGCUCGUCCACCGGCUGGAGUCGUGGCUGGAGCUGCACGACGCUGCGGAGCGAGGGCAGGCAUCACACCCGUACUCCAGGGCUCAGCACUCCAAGGACCGACCUUCAUCUGUGGAGCCUCUGGAUGAGCAGCUGGCCCUGGGAUCGGGGCCCGUGGCGGUGGCCCACAGCAGCCCCGGUAAGGCGGGGGAGGAGGGAUACACAGGAGCAGGCGUCACCAGUAUUAUGGAGGAGGAGCUGGAGGAUUCAGGACUGAGUCCCUCCACCACAGCAGCCUCUCAGCAGGAGCUGAGCAACAACUCAGACUGCGACAGCAACCUGGGGAACAGCUCUCUGUGUGGUGAAAACAGGGGCAGCGCUGCGGGGCCCGGUUCCGUAAGCCGCACCGGGACGUCAGAGUCGGGUUCUGCCGGAGCGAGCGCAGGAGGGGCGGGCUCCUCGGGGAGCCAGCCAGUGGUGAGACCAAAGAAAAGGAGAAAGAGCUACCGAAGCUUCCUCCCGGAGGGCAGCGGUUACCCCGACAUCGGCUUCCCGCUCUUCCCGCUUUCAAAGGGAUUCGUGAAGAGCGUCCGAGGCGUGCUGCAGCAGUACCGAGCUGCGCUGGCAGCCGCCGGCAUCCCCGAGCACACAGAGGACAAGUAAGUGCCUCCUCAUCGUUUCCCAGUAUGCACUGCACUGUUCCCUGCUCCUUUUCCUCCUCUUCUUCUACCUUUUCAUCCGCCUCAAGCCGUCGAGGAGGAUCCAUUACUUGUUGUCUGGGAGAGGGGGGCUACAGCUUUCUGUCUGCUGUACCCCUGUCCAGAGCUGCACUAAGCCCCCAGCACUGCCCACAUUUUUAACCUUUACCUCCAUUUCUUAGUCUUUACUGCUCCUGCUGCCCUGAACUCCUCAACAUUCUGCCUUUUCUUGUCCCCAUAAUCGAACUACAAUUGCAAGAGAGCCGCACCUUUGAUCGGAAGCUUGAGCGGGCUCUGCUCGAGACGACGAUUUGAUCAUGUUUUUGUUUCCUUCAGUGUCCCUGCAGACGAGUGCGAAGCAUAAAGAGCAACUCACACACACCUGAGGAAGCUGCUUCGUCAUUCACACACUGUCAUCUUUUCAUGGACGCAGGUAAAAAAAAAAGAAAAAAAAAAAAAAAAAGAAAAAAAAAAAACAGAAAAUGGGGGGGAAAAAAGUGGCGCUGGUAAGAACUGUGGUGGUGGCGUGGAUGCAAAAAGAAAAAAAAAAAGAGUGAGAUGAAAAAUCAGUGCCAUGUCCUCUCCUACACCACUUCUCAUGAUCCCACUAGCCUCCAGCAUCCUCUGCCGUAUGGGGGGGGUUUGCCGGAUGAAGAAGUAACUGGGUACCACUGAAAAACUGCACAGCCCAGCUCCCGGUCAGCGACGGGUCGACUGCGGCUAUCUGUAGCACUACUGAUGUUAUCACUGUACCAUCCUGCACUACAACGAGCGAACGAACGAAAGGACAAUCAAGUUUGGGAGAGGCGAUGCUCAUAAAACCACUUUUUCUCACCGGUUGUUACGCUUUCUGCCAAAUUCUCUCUGUUCACACACUCGCGCAAAUCUUCACAGAAGAACAGGCCGAACGUCAGUAAAACUGCCAACCACAGACCACUUCUACCACCACACACUCGCUGGCAUCUUCCUUCGCUCAUCACCGGACCACGCGGCGAACAUCGAGUGGCAAAGUUUACAUACGAAUCGACCUCCGGAGGUUUGUAGCUGUUUGGCGUGCGUGCAGAGGAGACAGUCGGGCGGGUGUAUGUGGCGCCGUUUAGUCGGAGGACUUAUCGAAGCGGUUCGAACGCCAACGUCGAACUUUUGAUCCAUUUCAGGUGGUUUUACUCACUGAACUGUAGUCAACCCCACAUCACUGCUAAUGACACAACUUAAAGAAUGAAAAGCGACAACAAAAAAAGUCCACACGGCAUCCAUUCCGCCAUCUCAUGUCAACAUGUUGCCUUACUUGAAUUGUUCUUAAUGAUCUCUUGUGUACAGAGCUGCUUGUGUCUUGCUUUACUCAUUAACCCACGCAGGCCUGGACACGCAUUAAAAACCACUAAAAUCCUGCUCCAGUGGUUUUUUUUGUUUUUUUCCCCCUUCUCCUCUCAUUCCCCUUCCCAUCGCUGCCGUGUUCUGAUUCGCUCCCUCUCCAAACUGCACGUGCCCAGUUGAAUUAGAUCAGAACGUAAACUGCAGUCGAGUAUGAAUGUUUGUUGAUGAUAUAAUUAAUCUGCCUAAUUGUUCAUUUUUAGUUAGUUUUCUGAUUUAAGUGGCCGAUGGGAUGACGCCUCUACAGUAAAUAUCUUACAUUUGGAUGAAGGGGGGAAAAAAAGGGUUUUAGCUACAAAGUUUCCACAAAGCUGUGAAACUCAAACCUUUGGGUCCAAUCGUGCUUCCUGAGGAAAAUCUGCAUUCUGUGUUUACAACUUGUCAAAGAAUUGAUAUUAUUAAUAAUUAUUAUUAUUGGACAGGUCAGACAUGCCCCCGUGAUGCUUUAAUAGACACGAGAGCACUGGCUGUCCUGAUCUUUGAUGCUGAGAAGUGUUUGUGGAUGAGAAAGCAGUCACAGAGUAUGAAAGUAUAGAAACGACAAGCCAAGAGCCGCUGUGUUCUAAAGAGACUUACAAUAAUUAAUAAAUGAAUAAACAUGAGGGUAUUUUUUGUUUUGUAUUGUCUUCCAUAUUUUACCCUCCUUUUUUUUUUUUUUUUUUUUUUUUUUCUUCCCCCUGUAUCAGAUGUGGCAAUCAGGCACCCGUGAUUUGUUUUCCUCUUCUCAGAUUUUCCUUUUUUCAUGAUUUCACUGCCUUUAAUGCUGCCUCUAGCAUCGUUUCCUUCUUUCUUUCUUUCUUUCUUUUUUUUUUCCCUCCCGUCAUCAUGCUGCUGUUCGUAAAAUGUUGCACAUCUCAAGAGGAGCGCGUUUCCCUCCCCGGCUUCACCGAGAACCAGGAGGUGACAUUACUCCCGCCACCUUCAUCUUUUGCCCUCCUCCUCAUUAUCAACAGAAGCAUUAACGGAAAAUGUGAAUCCAUCUCUAGAUCUCAAAAUAAAAGUCCGGAUAUCAAGCCCAUGACGCUUUGUAUAAUUUUCUGUGUAUGUGUGUAUAUUCUUCAGAUUGAAACCAUUAUUAUUAUUAUUAUUAUUAUUAUUAUUAUUGCGAGAGGUUUGUUUUACAGCCAAAGCAUGUAACAUUGUUGCUUUAAGCCUUUCGAAUGGGCUACACACAAGACUUGACUGUACGAUGUCUACAUUUCCACAGUGGCCUGUUAUUGAUAUAAUAUUUAAAAAAACAAACAAAAAAAGGAACUAAAAGUUAUAAUUUGUAGCCUGAUUCCCUCUGUACAGACAUCAUGACUAUAUUGAAAUAUAUGAAUACAUACAGUAUAUAUUUAACACAAACUUGAGUUGUGACGAGUCGGGGCAUAGAGUAUGUACAAAAUGCUGAGUGUGUAUUGUACUUAUGGUUUCACCUUUUUAAUGGUUUACUCUUGUUGCUUUAAGACGACUGUACAGUGAUGUAUUAAACUUUGCAAGCAUUACCAUA